GUGAUUCGAAUUAUUGUGCAUCGGUGUCACACGUGUUGGUUAAUGACUGAAAUUUUAGCUGAAUGUCUUUGAUGAAAACAGAUGAACGCAACAUAAAUAUACAAAGGAAAGAAUAAGUGCAACGUGUCUAUUAUGGCUGGAUGGCUGCGUGAUGUUCGAAAGCUUCAGCACAGUGAACUAUUUAGCCGAACUCCUCUAGCAGAAGCUAAGAAUUAAAUGCGAAAAAUUCAGCUGGGAGAUUUGGUGAAGAAGCCAACAAUUGACCCGAUACAAAGCUGGAAAAGUUCGCUGUUAUAAAACGUGAAAGAAUUCGAAGCAAAUUUGUAAUCCGCCAGAAAAACCAUCAAUAACAUCCGCUCCUGUUCUCAUUGAAGAAACAGAUCCAAAAAUAAUCCGUUAAACGAAAAGCAAUUAAUAAACGAUAAAACAUCAGUUUUCGCACGCGAUACGACAGCAAGUCUUUAACUCCAGACUCCUCCCCAAACAAUCGGAGUUAGAAAAGAGGCGCCAGGAUCGUGCUGAAGCGCUGAAAAGAGAUGGGGAAAGAGUCUCAAGUAGUAAACGCACAUGAGUGGUGUCGGGAAUAAUUUCAUUAAGUCCCGACAGCCAGUCUGAAUUUAGGCGCCCGGGAACCGAAUUGGGAGUUGUGGUGUGUGGAAGUUUGCGAGUUCUAGUGGCGCUAAACAUCAGGGAAAACUGCUCAAGGAAAAAAUGGAAGACGACAACAGUUGCACGGGCAAAUGCGAGAAAUGUCCCUCAGCCUCGGUCACUCCUUUUUCGAUAAACGAUAUUUUGAGUCAAAAGGACGUGGAACGAGCAGCUGGUGAUAGUGAGGAGCAGGAGUCCGCACUGGAUAUGAGAGCACAUAGGGAAGAUUUCGAUUCCUCCAGUCCAGGCCUGACCCCGCUGACUCCGGGCUACGCAUCACCCCGCCUCUCUGAAGACUCCGGACGCGAAUCCGGUGGCGCCGUCAGCCAAUCAGGGCGCAAGAAGAGAUCGCGUGCAGCGUUCACGCACGCUCAAGUGUUCGAAUUGGAGCGCCGAUUCAGCCAGCAACGAUAUCUAAGCGGGCCUGAACGAGCCGAUUUGGCUGCUGCCCUCAAAUUAACCGAAACCCAAGUGAAAAUCUGGUACCAAAACCGUCGCUACAAAACCAAGCGGAAACAGCUGCAGUUGCAGGAAACCAGCCUGAUGAGUUCGAAUGCGCGCAAAGUGGCAGUCAAAGUGCUGGUCAAAGACGACAUGCCGAUUUUCCUGCAGCAGAAGCCGCCGUUGUAUCAGAAGGCCUACUAUACUGAGCCCAAGAGCGACUUCUUCGUCUACGAUCAGCUGAGCAAGAGCAUGGUGCAGAAGUAUCCGAAAACUCUGCAGGAAUCCAUGCUGAAUCUGUGCCAGCAGUACUCGAACUCGAUGCAACUGUUUCCCUACUUCAACUACUACCAUCCCUCUUUGAUUGGCAAUCUGAGCCAGCAGGACGACGAUGUCGGGGAGUGUCGCGAACAGAAUUAGAGCUAGCUGAUGUUUUUAAGCAAUAAUGAAGAACUGCCCUGAGUGAAGUCUUCUUCAAACUAGAGGAACUAGAGUUUGGGACAAGAUGUCCAGGUCUACCUAAAUCGAUCUGUUCGUGCUAGAAGCUUCUUGUUAGGGAGCACCUUGAAAAUUACACAUGUGCACAUCAAGAAAAACUAGUUUUAAUUAAAUUGUCCUUUGUAUUCGCUCUCUCUUGUGAUAAACUAGUUUAAUGUAAAUUUCCUUCUAGAACGUAGUUUCCUUAGUGGUGUUUUGGGUCUGCAAACCUUUUCAAUCCCCUCCCCUAGUGGCAGCGGAUUUUCCUCCAAACACUUAGAAGUCACGUUUUUUUGGUCUAGCGACGUUUGUAAAAUAGUGUAAAUAUGGCGAACAAUAUUUAUUUGUUAUUAUAGUUUGUGCAAUAAAUACUGUAAAAUGGC